CACCACGCCCGGCUGGCAUGUGGUUUUGAAAGAACUAAUUCUGUAAUCUGUCUUGGCUGCUCCUCGGUCCCAUUACAUUCUUAAGGUCCCCUUGCUGUCCCUUUAUGCUUUUGAUGAAAGGAAACAGCCUAGGGUCUCCAGCUAUCACCCAUAGGCGGGCGCAGAAGAUCUGGCUGCUGUAGCUUAUUGCUGGGAGUGGCUGAGGCUGAACGGAGGCUUUUCAGUGACUCAGGUGGGCUCCCACGCUUUGUGUUGAGCUCUUAAAGGGCCGUUUUGUAGCUUACUCAUGGAGAGACAUCAUGUGACAUAGAGCCCACGUCUGCACAGGGUUUGAGGAGAAAGGGAUGGGGGACUUGUCCAGUGCCUUCCACAUGGGGAGGCUGUAUUUGCACAUCAUUCCCAGGGGAUGCAGUGCUUUGCAAUCCUCUAGGUCUGGACAGCAUAGGAGGGUGCUGGAAGCUCAGCAAGGGAAGAGAGGGAGCCGGCCCAGGAGGAGAAGGCUUGGGGUGUGGAGUGGAGAGAGAAGAGCUACGUGGCCAGAAGGAGCCCCAAGGCACAGGUCUGGGGAUCUGAGAGGGCAGGGUGCUGGUCCAGGGUGCAAGGUGAAGCAAUGUCUGCUUCACUCCUUCAUUCAGUAGAUACAUAUUGAGCCACCUGCUAUGUGCCCAGCACCCUAGGGAGAGCUGAAUCUACAUAGUGUGACACACAAGCUCCAUGGGUCCCUGUCCCAUGGAGAGUACAGGCCUGCAGAGUUGGCUUUGAGGGGUGCCCCUGCCCGUUGUGGACCUCAGUGUGAACAGUGUCCCCUGGGGGGGGGGGAGAAGCAGUGAGCAGAGGGCUCAGGACGGAGGCCCAGGGAAAGAACUCACAGGCCAACUGUGGAGUCCCGGCCCAGGCUAAAGUCUUUAGUUCAUUUGUUCAUUUAAUAAAUAGUCAUUGAAGGCCUCAAGGGGAGGUGACAGAAUAUAUAGGCUAUAUAAAAGGGCAUUCCUGGCAGUGGGGAACAGCAGGUGCAAAGGUCCUCAGGUAGGAUCGCACCUGGCGUAUGCAAGGAGCCAAGGCAGACAGAGCAUUAGCAUUGAGGGAGGUAUGUUCAGAAAAGGGACAGGGGGCCAGUCACGGAGGCAUCGUGGGGUCCGUGUAGAGCAUGAGAAGACUCAGGCCUUUUGACCCUGCAUGAGGUGGGAAGCGUUGGGGGGCUCUUGGGCAGAGAGGUCACAUGAUCUGACCUUCGCUUUAACAGAGUUCUCUGUCUGCUGCGGUAAUGAUACAAAAGGGGUCAAGGCAACACUCGGAGACAAGUCGUGGUGGCAUUGUGGCCUGAGUCGGGGGACUAGAGAUCGGGGUGGGAAAGGUCAGAUUGUGGACCUAAUAUAAAGGGAGGGUAGCAGGAUUUGUGGGUGGGCUGAAUGUGGGGUGCAAGAGGAAGAAGAGUCAGGACUGUCUCCUGAGCAACAGGAAAGAAGGAAGGAAAUGCCAUUGACCAAAAUGGGGAAGCCUGUGGGAGGGGCAGGUUUGGGAGGAAAUAAUCAGGAACACCGUGUGAGACACACUACAUUCGAGAUGCUUUUUGGACAUGCAGUGGGGAGGGUGAUCGGCAGUGGGGUGAUUGAGCCUGGAGGUCUGGGUUAGAGAGAGACUUUAGAGUCGGCAGCAGACUGGUAUUUCAAGCCACAAGACCGCAGGAGAUCACUGGGGAAUGAGGCUGAAAAUUAAAGAGGUCCAGGGCUGAGCUGUGGGCACUGUGGCUUUUGCACAUUGGAGAGAAGAGCAGGAACUGGCGAAGGAGACCCAGAAGGUGCAGCCAGAGAGGUAGGAGGAGACCUGGAGGGUGUGGUGUCCCUGAAGCCAAGGAGGGGGUGUGUAAAGGAAGAGGGGAGAUCACCUGAGUCGGAUGCUGCUGAAGGUCAAGUGAGUACCUGCAGAUGAAAUGGCCCCUCCUCGAUGUCCCCUCCAGCGCCACAGUCAAGGACACGAGGUCACCAUCGCCAGCACACUUGUCUAAUAAAGUUCCCGUUGUCCAGCACCCACAUCACAUGCAUCCGUUGACACCCCUCAUCACCUACAGCAACGACCACUUCUCCCCCGGCUCCCCUCCCACACACCUCUCCCCGGAGAUCGAUCCAAAGACAGGAAUCCCCCGGCCCCCUCACCCAUCUGAGCUGUCACCAUAUUACCCACUCUCUCCCGGAGCUGUCGGACAAAUCCCCCACCCCCUCGGCUGGCUCGUCCCACAGCAAGGACAGCCCAUGUACUCCCUCCCUCCUGGUGGCUUCCGGCACCCGUACCCUGCCCUCGCCAUGAACGCCUCCAUGUCCAGCCUGGUUUCCAGUCGGUUCUCCCCUCACAUGGUGGCUCCCGCCCAUCCUGGUCUGCCCACCUCAGGGAUCCCCCACCCCGCCAUCGUCUCACCCAUCGUCAAGCAGGAACCAGCACCGCCCAGCCUGAGCCCUGCGGUGAGCGCGAAAUCGCCAGUCACCGUGAAAAAGGAGGAAGAAAAGAAACCCCACGUGAAGAAGCCUCUGAAUGCCUUCAUGUUAUACAUGAAGGAGAUGAGGGCCAAGGUGGUGGCUGAGUGCACCCUGAAGGAAAGCGCAGCCAUUAACCAAAUCCUGGGGCGGAAGUGGCACAACCUUUCUCGAGAAGAGCAGGCCAAGUACUAUGAGCUGGCCCGGAAGGAGCGGCAGCUUCACUCCCAGCUCUACCCGACCUGGUCAGCGCGGGACAACUAUGGUAAGAAAAAGAAGAGGAAGAGAGAAAAGCAGCUGUCCCAGACACAGUCCCAGCAGCAAGUCCAAGAGGCAGAGGGUGCUCUGGCCUCCAAGAGCAAGAAGCCAUGUGUUCAGUACCUGCCCCCUGAGAAGCCCUGUGACAGCCCCGCCUCCUCCCACGGCAGCAUGCUGGACUCCCCUGCCACCCCCUCUGCAGCCUUGGCCUCCCCAGCUGCCCCUGCUGCCACCCACUCGGAGCAAGCCCAGCCCCUCUCCCUCACCACCAAGCCGGAGACCCGGGCCCAGCUGGCUCUGCACUCCGCUGCCUUCCUGUCAGCUAAGGCUGCAGCCGCCUCCUCUGGCCAGAUGGGCAGCCAGCCCCCCAUCCUGUCCCGGCCCCUCCCCCUCGGGUCCAUGCCCGCAGCUCUGCUGACCUCUCCCCCGUCCUUCCCAGCCACGCUCCAUGCCCACCAGGCCCUGCCAGUGCUGCAGGCCCAGCCUCUCUCCCUGGUCACCAAGUCUGCCCACUAAGCCGCCCCUGACCUAUGCAGGCUGUCACGUGACUCAACGAGUAGAAAUGAUUCACAAGAAAAAAGAAAAGGAAACUUUAUUGGUCAAUAUUUGACCACUCUGGACUGUUCUGUAAAGUGACUGGUAACAACAGCACUUUACAUUUUGUAGAUGUAACCAGUAGCUGAUCUUAAGGCUUUUUUAAAAAACAAAACAAAACAACAAAAAAAAAAUCUCUAAAAGAAAGAACUGAAAAGUAGUGUGCUAUUCGUCCCUUAUGUGCUGUGGUGGAUGGACCUGGGCAGAAGAUGCCUUUCUGUAUACCUCUCUCUCUCUCUCUCUGCCUCCUGCCUCCUCUCCUUCUCUGUCCCUACCUGCCUCAGCUUCCCCACUCAGUCUGCAUGUUUGCCACUGCUAUGAUUUCUAGCCAGGGACUCUGCCAGGGACUGGGCCAGUCCUGCUCACGUCCCGUUACCCAGCCCAGGUUUCCAUCAUCUGCUCAAGACCAUGGAUCCUUCCCCUUUGACCCUUUUGUCCUCUGCCCAGUGGAAGGCCGUCACCAUGUGAGAAGACAUCGUGGCCUGAUUUGUUUCCACCAGCAUCCCCCUCCCGCAGUGGACCCAGACCCACCAGCCCCCAACUUCCGGUGGGGAAGGUGGUCCUCUGAAAUGGUUCAAGCCCACAUUUAAAGGGACUCAAGGUGCCUGCCACUUCCCCAGUGAAGAAGUCUGUGUUCCUCCCCCUCCUUGCCGGUGGAGACCGUCCCCUCACAGUCCCAGAGUGGCAGACAGGACCGGCUCCACGGUCUGGCUCUUGUCACCUGGGUCAGUGCCAGCACAAUCUGCCAAAGUUCUAAAGACCCUCUCCCCUCCCCCAUCACCUCACAUGCUUCUUCUGUGUGUAUUUCUUUUUGUUUUUAUGAUUUUUGGAGCAAUUUAAACUCCCAGUUGUUUAUUUUCACAAAAGAAAAUAAAAUUGCAGUUGCAAGACCUUUU